AAUGAUAGAGUAACUCCUUUUUACGAAUGGUAUUGGUAGCAAUAGCAUCAACGACGCGUAAUUGGAGUCAAUCUUGUUUCGUUGUUGAUUCAGGCUCCGUGUUUUCCUCUGCCAGCGCGGAUCCAGUAGUUCUAUCACUCUCAAAAUUCUUUACAAUCUCUCCACGUGGCGUUCAUUCAUUGGUCCAUGCGUCUCAUUCCGCACUGUAUUUUCAACCGCUUUAUUAUAAUUAAUAAUUAAUAAUUAGAAUUAUACUGCAAGUGCACCGUCGGCCUGGAUCUGUUCAGUAUUCUGUUCUUCACUUGUCUAUUCAUUUUUGGCCUCACCGACUACGAUUUCUGAGCCACAUUCCCUUUUUCUUCAGAGAUUCUUCCUCCCCAUAAGCAAUGGCGAAAUCCGUUGCAUUCUGUUGCCUUCUUCUGUUCGUUUCGCUGUUGAUCAAUGUCACUGUCUCUUUGGAACCACUCGAUGUGACUGCGCCGGCGGGUGGUUCGCCUUCGUGAAGUGGAAUCGGGAGCAGCCUCCAAAGGCGGGAUGAACGGAGGCAAGAAGGCUGGAAUUGCAUUUGGAGUGAUUGCCGCAGUGUGUUUCGUCGGAAUUGGAGGAAUCGUGUACAAGAAGCGCCAAAACAACAUUCGCCGAUCUCAGUACGGGGACGCCGCUAGGUCUUCCUUCCUAUGAGGAUCAAAAUGGAGACGGUACGGAAUUCUCUGCGUUAGAGAGUAGUCUUUUCUAGUAAUUAAUUAGCAUUAUUAUUUUUAUUUUUAUUACGUAGCUCGGUAAACUCAUUGAUCAGGAGAUUUUCUAGUCAAUUUGUUUAUUGGCUAAUUUUGAGUAGCAGUGUGUGAUUAUUUUUCCUUAAGAUAUAGUUCUUAGCAUCUUGCUUAUUCAGUCGGCUAUGCCGCUUUCUUUGUCA